AUGCGAGUUGAUGAGCAAUUACCCAGAUAUACGGGAAAGAGGCGGGCAGAAGAAAAGCCAAGGAGGGACACUGGAAAGAGGCCAAUGGGUUCAACUGCAUCACAAGGAACGAGGAGGGCGAGCGUGGACCUCAUCAGCAGUCUGCUAGAGCCAUGGUUAGAAGGAGAAGUGACGCUCAAUUCAUACCAGGAGGAGGUGAGGUGCAUUCUGAAGGUGAAUAUGGUUGAUGGGUUGUUCCCCUAG